AUGGCCUCAGGACGUACCAUCUGGGACGAGGAGACCCAUUUGGCUCUGCUUCUGGCGGUCAUCAAGCAUGCUCCUCCCACCUCGGAGCAGUGGACUCUAAUCAUAGAGGCCGUACAGGCCCAGGGUUACAACUACACGCCGGGCGCGGCCAUUCAACAUCUCCAGAAGCUCAGGCGCAAGGACAACGGUGGCGGCGCCUCCUCCGGCGGCGAUGGCCCCAAGACCCCCGCCAAGCGCGGCGGCCGCGGCGGAGGCGCCACUAGCUCCAAGCGCAAGGCAAAGGCCGCGCCCGUCAUUGAGGACGACGAUGACCUCGGCGAUGACUACUUCACUCCGUCCAAGAAGCCCAAGCGUGAGCCCAAGGCCAAGCGCGAGGCCGAAGUUGAGGACAACACCGACCCUCUGGUGGGCCUCAAGGAAGAGGUCGAUGACUUCGGCACGGCUGAUUACGGCGUCGCCAACUACGAGGCGACCGACUACGUCUAA